AUGGCCUCCCGCGCGUCCAUGUUACUGGACCCCAAGGGCUACAAGAAAGAACUCAAGAAACAAGGUACUGAUUCCUUUCUCCUUUCUACUUCUCCCUCCCCAGAUGAAAUGGAAGCCCUCGUGGUAUCUUCAGGACUUAGUUUGGCACCGAUGCUUCAAAUCAAAGAGGAACCAACAACUUCUUCGUCACUUUUGUCUUAUCCCUCAGCUUUGGAUUCGACAAAAACACCCAGCUCACCUCAUCCCCUCUCAGGCCCCUCAAAUGCGAACAGUUCCCCGCGCCCUUCCGUCCCCUCUAUCGCCCCGCCUGGAACUUCUCCGGCUGUGCAAUUUUCGGCGACUAUUCCCCGCAAGACAUCACCCAAGUCCAUGCCCAUGGCACCGAGUCCCGCGCCAAGUGACGCGCCGAACCCGCAAGCCAACAUGACAGUGCAGUUCACAAAUGCGAAAGACGAGGGCAAUGAAAGCGAUGCAAAGAGAAGUUAUCAAGACAUGAGCGAGGACGAUGAACGCUCUCGCCCACGCCGCUUGAUCGAGGACAUUUACAAUGUCGAAGAACGCCGUCACCAACCCGUCAAAAAGAUGAAGGUAGAGGAUACAUCCAAGCCCGGGACACCCAGCCAGCAGGUUAGGCCUUCGGACGGUAGUGAGCUGGGGGAGUUCAUGAAACAAGGACAAAUAAAUCACGUCCCAUCCCCAGCGGUCUCGGGCGUUGUGGAUUUGACCACUACUCCUCCGAAGGACAAUGCAGAUGAUGAUGAAAUCCAAUUCACGGGCUCGAAUGAUCUCAGCACCCAGCGUGUCUGUUAUGGCAAAAUCGAAGGGGCCAUGAUCAGCGCUAGCUUUGUGCCAAAGCCAGACCCAAAUUCCAAAUUCCUUUUCCCCGGCCAAUGGCCUGUCAUCAAACUUGAAUUGCAUCGCGAUCCAGAUAAAACAAACAAUCGGAUCUCAGCUGCAGAUCCUACGGGAAAUCGCUUCGGCGUGAUCUAUCCCACCAAACUUGCUCAGGCUCUUUGUCAAUUAAUCGAUUCCCCUGUCAUACCUCUGGAAAUAUCGGCACGAUUGGACAUGCGGCCUAUCCAGCCACAAGAGGUUCCCGGUGAACCCAUAGUUACGCAUUACCGGACCUCGUUGACUUUGUAUGGAGAACGUCAACGUGCAGAGAUGGUUGGCAAAUUUCUUAGUCACAACAAUGUCUGGCUUGGUGUUCCACCCAUCGUGGAGAAAGGUACUCCGGUCUGGAAUCCUCAUGAUGAGAUUAGGCAAAAACGGCUGUCUGCAGCUGCAGCUGCAACAAACAAUGGCACAAGAGACCGCCCCGCAUACAGAUACGAGGUUAGGACGGCAGAGGAGAUCACCGACUCUGUGACCAAAAUGUUCAAUCAGCUUGUCAGCGCCGAUGUUCCCACGAUGGAACCUCCUGACAGUAUACUGACACCACUCCUUCAUCAUCAAAAACAGGCACUGUGGUUUAUGACGGAGAAAGAAAAACGCCGGAAAUUUGGACCUGAAGAAGCGGACAACAAUUCACUUUGGCGAUGUCACAGAGACUCCAGUGGCGAGAAGGAAUACAAAGAGAUCAUCACUGGCACUGUAUCAGCUAAAGAGCCUCGACAGGUUCUUGGUGGUCUGCUGGCUGACAUGAUGGGUCUCGGGAAAACGCUAAGCAUACUCUCUUUGGUUUUGUCCUCGCUGUCAGCGGCGCACAAAUGGGAGAAUUCGCCUCCGCCUGAUGGCCUGGCCCGCCAUUAUCCAGGCAUCCGCAACACCCGAACAACCCUUCUGGUGGCGCCACUAAGUGCCGUGAAGAACUGGACAAUGCAGGUUGAAGAGCAUCUCAAAGCGGAUUCGAUCAAAGUAUACGUUUUCCAUGGAUCAGGCCGAACCACCGAUUUGAAGGAAUUGUCUACUUACGACCUUAUCGUCACAACAUACAGCACAGUGCUCAGUGAGCUUUCUUCACGCGUCGGGCGUGACAGUCCCUUCCGUAAAAUGAACAUGUUUCGCAUCGUUCUGGAUGAAGCUCACAUAAUUCGGGAGCAGAAUGCCCAACAGACUAAGGCAAUUCUCAGUCUUAAUGCGCAGCGCCGUUGGUCUGUGACAGGAACGCCCGUUCAGAAUCGCCUUGAGGACCUUCAUUCGGUUCUGAGGUUCUUGCGCCUUGCCCCGUAUGAUGACAAUACCCACUUCAGGCAAUUCAUAGUAAGCCGUUUCAAGACCGGUGACACCACAGUCCUCACCAGUCUUCGGGUCCUGAUUGACUCGUUCACCCUACGUCGGGUCAAGGACAGGAUCAACCUGCCACCACGGGAGGACAAGUUGCUUACUCUAGAGUUCUCUGAGAAAGAGCAACAGCUGCAUGAUUACUUCCGUACCGAGUCUAACGCCAUGAUGACUCACCUUGUGGGCGAAAACAAGACCAAGAUGGGAGGCCGCAUGUACCAUCAUGUGCUGAAAGCCAUGAUGCUACUGCGUCAAGUCAGUGCUCAUGGUAAAGAGCUUCUCGACCUUGCAGAUCGUGAAAGGAUCAAGGGCAUGACUAUGAAUGAUGCUAUCGAUUUGGAGGAGAACGAAUCAGAUGAUGGCAGUUCUGCGGCCAAGGAGAGAAGAGCAUAUGAAAUGUACUCGCUUAUGCUGCAGACAUCCGCCGAUCAAUGUGCGCUCUGCAGCUCUCACCUUGAUGAACCUCUCACUGGCUCCGGUGAUACUGACCGGAAUGCGCACAUGGCUAUUUAUUUACCAUGCUUCGAUAUGCUUUGUCCUUCCUGCUUCUGGUCUUGGACUGAAUUCCACGACCAGUCUACCGGAGAAGUCCGGUGCAAAGCCUGUGAAGGUUGGAUCACGAGGUCUUACACCAUACUGACACCUGGGAUGAUUGAGGAUUUUGAAAACCAAAAGACCGAACGUCAGUCAAACCGCAAGUACGGCAAGGUUCUUGGCGAUUACGAGCGUCCCCAUACCAAAACCUUGGCCCUGGUCAAUCACCUCCAAGCAACCCUGGAGGAAAGCAACGCGUUGGUAGGAGAGCCACCGAUAAAGAGUGUGGUAUUCUCUGCAUGGACGACUCAUUUAGACUUGAUUGAGAUAGCCCUCAAGAAUCACGGGCUUGAUUCUUUUACCCGGCUGGAUGGUACCAUGACCCUUGCAGCCCGCGGAAAGGCGCUGGAUGUCUUCGCCAAGGACGACAACAUUACCAUUUUGCUAGCCACCAUCGGUGCUGGUGGUGUUGGGCUGAAUCUCACAUCGGCAUCCCGAGUCUACAUAAUGGAGCCCCAGUAUAACCCGGCAGCUGUCGCACAAGCCGUCGAUCGUGUGCACCGCCUCGGUCAGACCCGCCCCGUUCAAACGAUUCAGUUCAUAAUGAAGAACAGCAUCGAGGAGAAAAUUAUGGAGCUGGCGAAGCGAAAACAGCAACUGGCCGAUAUGAGCAUGAACCGCAGCAAGCAGGACAAGAAGGAAGUCCAGGAGCAGCGAAUGCAAGAGUAUCGGGCCCUUUUCAAAUGA